CCGCGCCUCUUGGAGCUGGUGCUUGGAAGCACCCGAGGACCUAGUUGAGGAAGAGUCCAGCACGGGCUGGAGUGGCUUCUCCCGGGCCACCACUGAGUACUAGCUUUCCUUUCGGAAGCCUCGGAGUCGGAGCGACCAUGCAAACGGGGUAAAGAUAUUUCCAUCAUGGCUCAUUCAAAGACAAGGACCAAUGAUGGAAAAAUUACCUAUCCUCCUGGUGUCAAGGAAAUCUCAGAUAAAAUAUCUAAAGAGGAAAUGGUGAGACGGUUAAAGAUGGUUGUGAAAACUUUCAUGGAUAUGGACCAGGACUCUGAAGAAGAAAAGGAGCUCUAUUUAAACCUAGCUUUACAUCUUGCUUCAGAUUUUUUCCUCAAGCAUCCUGAUAAAGAUGUUCGAUUACUGGUAGCCUGCUGCCUUGCUGAUAUUUUUAGGAUUUAUGCUCCUGAAGCUCCUUACACAUCCCCUGAUAAAUUAAAGGAUAUAUUUAUGUUUAUAACAAGGCAGUUGAAGGGGCUAGAGGAUACAAAGAGCCCACAGUUCAAUAGGUAUUUUUAUUUACUUGAGAACAUUGCUUGGGUCAAGUCAUAUAACAUAUGCUUUGAGUUGGAAGACAGCAAUGAAAUUUUUACCCAAUUAUACAGAACAUUAUUUUCAGUUAUAAACAAUGGCCACAAUCAGAAAGUUCAUAUGCAUAUGGUGGAUCUCAUGAGUUCUAUUAUUUGUGAAGGUGAUACAGUAUCUCAGGAGCUUUUGGAUACAGUUUUGGUAAAUCUGGUACCUGCCCAUAAGAAUUUAAACAAGCAAGCAUAUGAUUUGGCAAAGGCUUUACUGAAGAGGACAGCUCAAGCUAUUGAACCAUAUAUUACCAAUUUUUUUAAUCAGGUUCUGAUGCUUGGGAAAACAUCUAUCAGCGAUUUGUCAGAGCAUGUCUUUGACUUAAUUUUGGAGCUCUAUAAUAUUGAUAGUCAUUUGCUGCUGUCAGUUUUACCCCAGCUUGAAUUUAAAUUGAAGAGCAAUGAUAAUGAGGAACGCCUUCAAGUUGUUAAACUACUGGCAAAAAUGUUUGGGGCAAAGGAUUCAGAAUUGGCUUCUCAAAACAAACCACUUUGGCAGUGUUACUUGGGCAGGUUUAAUGAUAUCCAUGUACCAAUCCGCCUGGAAUGUGUGAAAUUUGCUAGCCAUUGUCUCAUGAACCAUCCUGAUUUAGCAAAGGACUUAACAGAGUAUCUUAAAGUGAGGUCACAUGACCCUGAGGAAGCUAUUAGACAUGAUGUUAUUGUGUCUAUAGUUACAGCUGCUAAAAAGGAUAUUCUUCUGGUCAAUGAUCACUUACUUAAUUUUGUCAGAGAGAGAACAUUAGACAAACGGUGGAGAGUGCGCAAAGAAGCCAUGAUGGGACUUGCCCAGAUCUAUAAGAAAUACGCUUUACAAUCAGCAGCUGGGAAAGAUGCUGCAAAACAGAUUUCAUGGAUCAAAGACAAAUUGCUACAUAUAUAUUACCAAAAUAGUAUUGAUGAUAGAUUGCUUGUUGAACGGAUCUUUGCUCAAUACAUGGUCCCCCACAAUUUGGAAACUACAGAACGGAUGAAAUGCUUAUAUUAUUUGUAUGCCACACUGGAUUUAAAUGCUGUGAAAGCACUGAAUGAAAUGUGGAAAUGUCAGAAUCUGCUCCGACAUCAAGUAAAGGAUUUGCUUGACUUAAUUAAGCAACCCAAAACAGAUGCCAGUGUCAAGGCCAUAUUUUCAAAAGUGAUGGUUAUUACAAGAAAUUUGCCAGAUCCUGGUAAGGCUCAGGAUUUCAUGAAGAAAUUCACACAGGUGUUAGAAGAUGAUGAGAAAAUAAGAAAACAGUUAGAAGUACUUGUUAGUCCAACGUGCUCCUGCAAACAGGCUGAAGGUUGUGUGCGUGAAAUAACUAAGAAGUUGGGCAACCCCAAACAGCCUACAAAUCCUUUUCUGGAAAUGAUCAAGUUUCUCUUGGAGAGGAUAGCACCUGUGCACAUAGAUACUGAAUCUAUCAGUGCUCUUAUAAAGCAAGUGAACAAAUCAAUAGAUGGAACAGCAGAUGAUGAAGAUGAGGGUGUUCCAACUGAUCAAGCCAUCAGGGCAGGUCUUGAACUGCUUAAGGUACUCUCAUUUACACAUCCCAUCUCAUUUCAUUCUGCUGAAACAUUUGAAUCUCUCCUGGCUUGUCUGAAAAUGGAUGAUGAAAAAGUAGCAGAAGCUGCACUCCAAAUUUUCAAAAACACAGGAAGCAAAAUUGAAGAGGAUUUCCCACACAUCAGAUCAGCUUUGCUUCCUGUUUUACAUCACAAAUCUAAAAAAGGACCCCCCCGUCAAGCCAAAUAUGCUAUUCAUUGUAUCCAUGCAAUAUUUUCUAGUAAAGAGACACAGUUUGCACAGAUAUUUGAGCCUCUGCAUAAGAGCCUGGAUCCAAGCAACCUGGAACAUCUCAUAACACCGCUGGUUACUAUUGGUCAUAUUGCUCUCCUUGCACCGGAUCAGUUUGCUGCUCCUUUGAAGUCUUUGGUAGCUACUUUCAUUGUGAAAGAUCUUCUCAUGAAUGAUCGGCUUCCAGGAAAAAAGACAACUAAGCUUUGGGUUCCAGAUGAAGAAGUUUCACCUGAGACAAUGGUCAAAAUUCAGGCUAUUAAAAUGAUGGUUCGAUGGCUACUUGGAAUGAAAAAUAAUCACAGUAAAUCAGGAACUUCUACUUUAAGAUUGCUCACAACAAUACUGCAUAGUGAUGGAGACUUGACGGAACAGGGGAAAAUUAGUAAACCAGAUAUGUCACGUCUGAGACUUGCUGCUGGGAGUGCUAUUGUGAAGCUGGCACAGGAACCCUGUUAUCAUGAAAUUAUCACAUUAGAACAAUAUCAGCUAUGUGCUUUAGCUAUCAAUGAUGAAUGCUAUCAAGUAAGACAAGUGUUUGCUCAGAAACUGCACAAAGGUCUUUCCCGAUUACGGCUUCCACUUGAGUAUAUGGCAAUUUGUGCACUUUGUGCAAAAGAUCCUGUAAAAGAAAGAAGAGCUCAUGCCAGGCAGUGUCUGGUAAAAAAUAUCAAUGUGAGACGCGAGUAUCUGAAACAGCAUGCAGCUGUUAGUGAAAAAUUAUUGUCUCUUCUACCCGAGUAUGUUGUUCCAUAUACAAUUCACCUUUUGGCACAUGACCCAGAUUAUGUCAAAGUACAGGAUAUUGAACAACUUAAAGAUGUUAAAGAGUGUCUUUGGUUUGUUCUGGAAAUAUUAAUGGCUAAAAAUGAAAAUAACAGUCAUGCAUUUAUCAGAAAGAUGGUAGAAAAUAUUAAACAAACAAAAGAUGCUCAAGGACCAGAUGAUGCAAAAAUGAAUGAAAAACUGUAUACUGUGUGUGAUGUUGCCAUGAAUAUCAUCAUGUCAAAAAGCACCACCUAUAGUUUGGAAUCUCCUAAAGACCCAGUACUGCCAGCUCGUUUUUUCACCCAACCUGACAAGAACUUCAGUAACACCAAAAAUUAUCUGCCUCCAGAAAUGAAAUCGUUUUUCACUCCUGGAAAACCUAAAACAACCAAUGUUCUAGGAGCUGUUAAUAAGCCGCUUUCAUCAGCAGGCAAACAAUCUCAGACAAAAUCAUCACGAAUGGAAACUGUAAGCAAUGCAAGCAGCAGCUCAAAUCCAAGCUCUCCUGGAAGAAUAAAAGGAAGGCUUGAUAGUUCUGAAAUGGAUCACAGUGAAAAUGAAGAUUACACAAUGUCUUCACCUUUGCCGGGGAAAAAAAGUGACAAGAGAGACGACUCUGAUCUUGUAAGGUCUGAAUUGGACAAACCUAGAAGCCGGAAAAAAACACCUGUAACAGAUUCAGAGGAGAAAUUAGGGAUGGAUGACCUGACUAAGUUGGUACAGGAACAGAAACCUAAAGGCAGUCAGCGUGGAAGGAAGAGAGGCCAUACGGCUUCAGAAUCAGACGAACAGCAGUGGCCUGAGGAAAAGAGGCUCAAAGAAGAUAUAUUAGAAAAUGAGGAUGAACAGAAUAGUCCACCAAAAAAAGGUAAAAGAGGCCGACCACCAAAACCUCCUGGUGGAAGUACACCCAAAGAAGAGCCAACCAUGAAAACUUGUAAAAAAGGAAGCAAAAAAAAACCUGGACCUUCAACAGCAGAAGCAGAGGAAGAAGAAGAAAGACAAAGCGGAAGCACAGAGCAGAAGUCAAAGAGUAAACAGCACCGAACUUCAAGGAGAGCACAGCAGAGCAGAGCAGAAUCUCCUGAAACUAGUGCAGUUGAAUCCACACAAUCCACACCACAGAAAGGACGAGGAAGACCAUCAAAAACGCCAUCACCAUCACAACCCCCCAAAAAUGUCCGUGUAGGACGCUCCAAACAAGCUGCUACUAAAGAAAAUGAUUCAAGUGAAGAAGUAGAUGUGUUUCAGGGUAGCUCUCCUGUCGAUGAUAAUCCACAGGAAGAAACAGAGGAAGAAGAAGUUUCUGCAGUAAAUGUACGGCGGCGAAGUUCUAAAAGAGAAAGGCGAUGAACAAAUGUCAUUAAUAACUUUCUAUGUGAAAGCUUUGAAAAAAUAAUUUUUUGUCAAGCUUCAGGCUGAGUAAAGCCUUUGAUGCACAAAAUGGGACUGCUGAAGAGUGGACAGUUGGACCUUACUCUGAUGACCUCAUGUAUUUGUGGUCACAUGCUUUAGCCACGCGCACGGUGAUAACAUUGACUGGAGUCUUGUGAAAAAGUCUAAUGUGCGAUGGCUAUGUAGACAUAAAGAAGAAACUUGUAAAUAUGUUUUUUCUUCUUCUUCUUCUUUUUUUUUUUUUUUUAAUGUUUCUGACUUCUAAAGUGCUUGUAUAGCUUUUAUCUGCGGCUUUAAACUGACAGUACCCAGCUGUUUAUUGGAUCUAUUGAUUUGAAAAGAGUUCGUUAGGAUAGAUCUUAAGCAGUAAUCUGUCAGUGUUUGAAUUUGUAUUCUCUGCAGUUUUACUGUGAAAAUUUUUUUUCAACAAAUGGUGUCAGUUUCUUGAUGUCACAAUUUGUUGGAGAGUUAAAAUGAUCUCUUUCCCUUGUGUAUCUUACCUAGUGUUUACUCCUGGGCACCCUUAAUCUUCAGAGGUGCUAAAUUGUCUGCCAUUACACCUGAACAAUGCCUCUGAUGGGAGGACGCCACGCAAACUGUGGAAUAGUCCUGAAGUUGUUUGAUUAUUUUACACCUCAGUAUUGGUCCCAGAAUUUUCUGGCCUUUCAUGGCAAGGAAAAUUUUAAAAAGAGAUUUAAAAUAUUAUAAUUUUAAAGAGUGUGUUAUAAAAUAAUGUACUGAAUUCUUUAUCCCAUUUUAUCAUCCCUUUUCAGUUUUUA